AUGCGCCGGUCGCGGAGCAGGAGGUAUCCGGAAGAUGAAGGACGGACCCGAGCCCGGCUCAGAAGGCGGCCUCCGUCGAUGUCGCCGGUGUACAGGUCCCCCCCAGCUCGGAGGCGGAGGCGGCGAGGCCACGGCCAGGGCCGCCACCGACGUGAUGCCUUUCGAGAUGAUAGCUUUGACUCUCAGGCAGAUUUCGACAGCCGCGCUAGGUCGCCUCCGAACACAGGGGUGAACGCCAUACCGCUGGGACGUCGACAUGACUCUGAGGAGGAGACCGAGGCGCGGGUCUGGAUCCUCCACAGCGAUGCCGCCAAAGUCAUCGGCAGAGGAGGGCGCGCCCUCCGGGAGAUCGAGAACAGGACUCGCACCAGGAUCAAAGUGUCCAGAGAAGAGGACAUGAAUCCAGAUACCAAGGAGCGGUCCGUUGACAUCCUUGGAUCUCGCCACGGCCAGGACACGGCUGUGGACUACAUAUUGGACGUGGUGCUGUACUGCCGCCAAGACGGUGGCCGGGUUCUUAAGGACUCCAGAACGGCGCCCCUCCGCGAAGACGAGGGCACGAAGGGGAGCCAUCGCAUCCUGACGGUGCUGGCUGAGGAAGUUGGCAAAGUGCUCGGCAGGAAAGGCGAGACGGUCCGAAUAAUCGAAAAGGAGUCUGGGGCCAAAGUAGAGCUGGACAAGGCCCAGGGGAAGGUGGAGAUCUUCGGCAGCGCUCAGGAGCAGGAGAAGGCCGUGGAGCUGCUCUUGGCCGAAGUCCACUGGGCCCAGUCCGAGGACGGGACGGUCCUGAAGGAUGAGCCACGGCCAAAGCAGCGGAGUGGGGACGAACCGGAGCUCCCAGCUCCGGUCCAGCUGUGGGUGAAGGAUCGGGAAGCGGGAAGAGUCAUCGGACGCGGUGGCGAGACUGUGCGGGAGGUCAUGGAGAAGUCAGGCGCGGACAUCAAGGUUCAAAAGUCGGACGAGAUGGCGGCCGGAAGCAAAGAGAGGCUCAUCAAGAUCAUCGGCACCAAGGACCAGCAGGAUGAGGCAGUGAGGCUGAUCCUGAAUGAAGUCUCUUGGGCGAAAGGCGGCGAGGGCGGCCUCCAGCUGCUGAAGGGCGUGAGCGAGGAGGCGAAACCUGGCAACGCCGACGCGAAGGCCUCCGAAGGGGAGAAGGAGAAGGAGGAGAAAGAGAGAGAGAAGGAGGACCUGAAGGAGGACAAGGAGAAGCUGGUCCCUGCCGUCAAGGUCAAGCCCCGCCGCUUCCGGGAGACGGCCAGAGAGCUGAACAGGCCGAAGAGCGGUCCUGCGAGAUGGGUGUGUGCAACGUGCGGUGGCGAUCACCGCACCAAGGAGUGCCCCCAUGCCACAGGAAUCCUUGGCGUUGGUGUGCAGCUCGGGAUGCAGAUGGGUUUGCAGGCCAUGGGACUCCCGACUGGGCCGUCAUCUCAAGGCCCCGGGAUGGGCCCAGCCGGCUUCGGGCCGGGCAUGCCGCCGCACCCGGGGAUGCCUCCAAUGCCGCCCAUGAUGGGACACAUGGGGCCUGCAGGAAUGAUGCCGAUGGGAGGCCCGCCGCCCGGCCUUCCUGGUAUGCCUGGCAUGCCCGGCAUGCCCGGCAUGCCCGGCAUGCCGCUGCUACCAGGCAUGCGGCCACCGGGCUUCCGGUCAGACCGGAGCGAGAGCUCCAGCCGACAAAAUGCCUCUUCGUCCAGCUCGGAUGGGUCAGACAGCGAGAACGAGGAUGAGGAGGAGGUGCCCCGUGCAGGCUCUCCGGUCAGGGCAGCGCCGGAGCGGCCUCGGCGGCGGGUGCGGAAGCGCAAGGUCCUGGCCGGUGCGGGGAACCUCCGCGGCGGAGGUGCGCCCGGGCACCCGGCAGCCUUGGCUGCAGCUCCUCCGGCGGAAGGCCGUCCGAGCUUGAACGGCGGGCCGCCGCUGGAGCACCGGCGCCGACGCCGAAGAAAGCGGCUCGAAGGCGAGCCGGGGCCGGACCUGCCAGCUCCGGAGCAGGAAGCUCCCGCUCCCGGCCGAAGACGUCGCAUCGAGGGGCGCCCAGCAGGCGAAGCGGUGGUCCAAGUGUAUCCUUCGGGAAAGAAGAAGAUCGUGAUGUCCGACCUGUGA